UCUACUUUUUUUCUCUCUCUAUCUACCAACAACAACCUAACAGUAACUAUGUAUCCUUUUCGACAACAAGGAUACAAUAGUCAUCCAUCGCCUUUCCUAUCUCAGAAUAGCAGCCCUAUCACACCUACUGCCCAACCUGGUUCUUUUCAUAGCCCAUAUGGUAAUCAUUCGAUCCAUCCCCUACAGCAGCAACAAGUAUAUCAACGGCAAUCGUACAUUUCGCCAGAGCAUCAUUAUCCGUCAUUAGCACCUGCAUCCCCAUCCAUUGCACAAAGUUCUUCUUUACAAAGAAGCAGCACCUACUUGUUACCACAAAUGUUGGAUAGUCGAACACAGUAUUUAUGGGAAAUAUUUCAAAAAGUAGAUGCAGACCGUUCAGGAACGAUUACUGUUCAUGAGUUACAGUCAGCUCUCGUGAACGGCGACUGGUCACCGUUUAAUAUAGAAACAGUUCGGUUGAUGGUGAGCAUAUUUGAUACAGAUAACAAUGGUACUAUUGACUUUCGAGAAUUUCAAGGAUUAUGGAAGUACAUUGAAGAUUGGAGUCGGUGUUUCAAGCAAUUUGAUAAUGAUCACUCAGGGAGCAUUGAUUGUAUGGAAAUGGCUCAUGCUUUAAGAGCAUUCGGAUUUAAUGUCAGUGAUAGAUUUGUGAGCAUUCUGGUCCAGAGUUUUGAUAAAUAUGGCAGAGGUGAUGUGACCUUUGACAAUUUUGUUCAAGCUUGUGUUACGUUGGAAACAUUGACCAAACUAUUUCGAGCAAGAGACUACGAAAACAGAGGUUCAGUACUUAUUAAUUAUGAAGAUUUUUUGACAAUGAUUAUCGGUAGUAGACCGAACAUGAAAGGGAAUUGAAAGACAUUGAAACAUGUUAAUUUGUAGAUAGUUUUUAUGCUUAGGAUUUUUGUUAUCUCUGUGCAUACUACCAUAGUGGUUAUCUUUUUAAUUAAGAUAUCAGAUACAGAGUCUUGUAAAUAAGCCUUAUCUUCUAAUAUAUAAAAAGCUCCAUGAAUUCAUUAUCAGACAAUAGCCGAGGUUAAGCAGAAGUACAAAAAAGCAGAUAUGUGGUU